AUGGCAAGCUCGUCCCAAAACGCGGCUACCUGGACCCGAAGGGAGGACCCGAAGUCCCGGUAUUACCCAGAGGACCAAGAAGGGGGUUUCCACGAAGAGGAUCCCCACCCGAAUAUCUGUGGCGCAUCGGGUUACUGUAUCCAGGCCAAACUUUUGAGAAAACCAAAUCCAGCUUUGAUUGGCCCGGAUAAAAAGGCGAAUGUCUUGCAUCCAGACGCGGUUGCCGUUGUUACCGUGAGCCCGAAGGCUAUUUCGAACUGGAGGGACAUCGAGGUUUCAAUGUUUGCAGCGACCUGGACGAAGACGACUGGGGAUUGGGAAUUGAUAGCACAGUUGCGGGGACCGCAGGUCGCUAGUGGGCUAGAGGGAGAUAGAUAUCCCGAUACCCUGCUCUUUGUCUUCGGGGGUCUCGAUUUCGAGGAAGAAGCCGAGUAUGACCUGCGGGUUCGGGUCGCCUUUCGGGGCUACCAGGAUCCCGCUAGCAAUGAAGCUUCUUUUCCUCCUGAGGAGCUUUGGCGACGGGGAACAUUUCCAUCUACACCAGAAAGACAAUCCAAGUACGAAGAGUUUGUGGCGGGUGGGUUAUGUGUCUACCACGAGACGAAAGUCAAUUCCUCCCUGAAGUUUGAGAAUGCUCAAACGCAGAGCGUUAUGAUCUUUGCCUAA